GGCUGGGCUGGGGCCAAGCUGAGACUGGGGUUUAUGGUUGGCUCGGCCAAGCUGAGGUUCAGGGUUGGACUUCGACAAGGAAGAGUCUUGUAGAGAAGAAGAACUGGGCUGAGAGCGAUGUGGGUCAGGACGACACUGACGACUGAAAGAUGGACUAGUGAAAAGACUGAGGACGAUGCCAACAUCUGGGAUGAGAGCAGCUGGGAUAUAAACAGGUUGCCCAGUUGGGAGAGAGGACAUCUGCUGGCUGGUGUGGCGUCUAGCACUGAUGCAUCUACCUUCUCUGAAGGUGAAUUCAAGGACCCUGACAGGUGCUGCUGGAAACACAAGCCAUGCACUGGGCACAUCAUGUACCCCUUCGCCUCUGCCUAUGGCCACCACGAUCUGUACCUGCACUCUGUCAGCCACUGUGACUGUGACUCUAGGCUGAAGGACUGCUCAAAGACAAAUACCAGCAGCUCCCGAGAUGGGGGCCCAACCUGCUCCCGAGAUGUGGGUUCAACUUGUUUCAAGAUCAUCCAGUCCCCUUGCCUUGAGUUCAUCCCAGAGGAAUUGUGUGUGGAGCGGUUCUGGUAUGGCUGGUGCAAAAGCUACAGGCCUGUCUCUGUGGCAGUGAUCCACCAUCCCAUCCACCACGAGUGUGGGGCAGAUGACCUAGAUGAAGAAGAGGAAGAGGAGGAGGAGGAGGAGGAAGAAAAAAGCAAGCCUCCCAUCCCGACCCAGGUGGGGCCCACCACCACACCCACUGAUGCGGGCAUGGGCAUGGUCACGGGUACUCCUGACUCGGCAGCUCCCAUUACCAUCUGGCGCUCUGAGAGCCCCACAGGGAAGUCCCAGGGCAGCAAGGUGAUCAAGAAGAUCAAGAAGAAAAAGGAAAAAGAGAAAGACAAGGAGGAGGAGUCAGAUGAGAAGACAAAGCUGAAGAAAAAAGUCAAGAAGGGCAAGCUGCCUAAGAAGAAAAGCCUGGUUAAAUCAGAAUCUCCACCUCCAGACUUGAGCCGAUCACUAAGCCCAAGAGAGUUGGUCAGGAUGUCAGAGUCCAGCCCAGACACUCGGGAAGACCUGGAGAGUGAGGACAGUUACAAUGACCCCGGGCGGGAGGCACCCUCUAGUGAGGAUAUUGUGGAGUCUUCAUUGCCCAAGAAGAGAGAGAAGAACACGGUCCAGGCCAAGCAGCCCAGGGUAAAGGCCUCACCGAUCAAGAAGGUCAACAAGAGGAAAUCUCCCCCAGCAUCAAACCCCAAUCUCAGUUGAGGCCAGGGCGACCAGGGUGAAGAAUAAAUGCGAUCAAGCCUGUCGCUGACCCUUGCUGCUCUUCUCUCUCCCUCCAAUCUGGCUACUUCUGGGGGUAAGGGGUGGCCUCUGGGCAUAGCUAAAGCCAAGGGGCUAGGGGGCUGCAGGGGUUUCUGAAGGGCAACUCAUCUUUCCAGAGGAGGUCCAUGGGAAGGUAGGUGGGAGGGAAAGGAGAUACAGCCAGUUUCUCUGUAAUAUCUUAGGCCCAGGGCAGGAGAAGAGCACAUCUGGGUGGGGUGGGCAGGGGGCUUCCUGACUACUGGGAGAUUGGUCUGUGUGAAAUCCACUUGGGGACAGGCAGUACUGUCUGCAGUGAUGCACCUAAUAAAUUGAACCUUUUAACUCACUCUGUGCCACAGUGCCUGGCCUUUCCCUCCUCUAAGUGGCCCUGGGGAAGGUGCUGGUGGCACCAAAGGAAACGUGAUCUUCCCAGUGGGGGUGGCCCUGCUCCUGCUGGGCCCUUCCACACCUUUUGUGCUGAAGGGAAUGGAACUAAUUUCCUGGCAGAAGGCCAGCCCCUUCCCCCUGACUCUUGCCAACAGAAGAGCUAGAGACCUUAAAUGAAGGAAAGUGAGGUGGGUGUUCACCAAAGUUGGGCAGCAGUGCCCUUUUCUGACUUUUCUGCUGAGGCCCAAGCAGAGAAAAGGGAGGGGAAAGCUUCACUUCACUAGCACCGACUUACAAAACUGUGAGGUGAAGCCCUUGUGAAGAAAUACACGGAGGGCCCGGCCCCGAGACCUAGUGGUUAAAUUCAGUGGACGGUGUGCUCUGC